AUGAACGCGUACAAGUCUCAUUUUACUGUGACGCUGGAGUUUAAUAUUCAUGGUUAUUUUAAUUGGAAAAGACAUGGAAUUUCAUCGUUUGAAAGACGUUCACUCUGUUUGGAUAUCAGAACUGAUAGGAUGUUAGCACCACUUGAUGUUUAUGAUUGUCAGACAACUGCAUUAAGUAAUAUUCACUCUUCAGAAAGAAAAACAGAAGCAGACGAUGAAUGCAGCAUCUGUAAGAAUCUUAAGACGACUGUUGAAUGUAAACGUAAACAUUUAAAACCCAUCCAUCUUCUUGCUUCUUUACACAGUUUUAGAAUGAUAUCGUACAGUUACUUAGAAAGAAGACAAACUCAAGAUUAA